ACCCUUCUGCACACAAGACCCGCCCACGCGCGCGCAAGCCCCGCCCCACGGUCACGAGCCCCACCCCCGGCCGUGAUUCCGGAUAAUGGCGGCCGCGACGUGGGGCGGUUCGUUUCGCUUCUCGAAUGUGAAACACGGUGUUACCGGCGGCAAGGAGCAGCAGCUGGCUCAGGGAGCGAGGAAACGGAGCGACUCCCGGCGGAGGCAGGCCGCCCUCAGCUUCCUGACGAACAUCUCCCUGGACGGACGGCGGCCGCUGGAGGUCAGCAAUGGGUACCGGCCGGAGGUGGAGCCGCUUCAGGACCAGGACCAGGACCAGGACCGGGACAGGCCCCCGGCGGCGGCGGCCAGCAGCAGGAGCGGGCCGCUCGGGCUCGGCUGUAUUAGCUGUAUCUCAGGGGUGCCGAGCGCCGCCGUCAUCACCCAGACCUCCCGGCUCGGGCCUGCCGUCGGCACCGUCUACGUGGGGCCCGCCAUCGCGUUGCCAAGGGAGCCGGCCGCCGGGCCGGGAGCAGACACUCAGGGAGAAGGAGCCGGAGCCGCCCCCGGCGCCGCUGUCUGCGCCCAGCAAGGGGUUUCCGGCCCGGGAACACCUCUCCCCAAGAGCGGCCUGGCGUCCGCACAAGCGCCCGCUCUCCUCGGACUCGACUUCCAGAAACAGAGGAGCAGAACCUCUUCAGGAUCCCCCCAUCCAAAAAAUACAAAAAAAGUUCACUUUAUCAAAAAUAUGCGGCAAUAUGACACGAGAAAUAGCAGGAUAGUUCUUAUCUGUGCUAAAAGGUCACUGUGCUCAGCUUUUUCUGUACUGCCUUAUGGAGAAUUCAACACUACUGGAGACAAUAAGAUGGAAGGACCCAGGCAACGUAACCCUUCUGGUGGCAUUUCAGCUUCAACCGACAUGCUGCUUGGGCUUGAUGGAGUUGAACUUGGUGCAGACGUAAAGUCAGUUUCAUAUGCGCAGUUCCUUUAUCCAACCAAUGCCUUUGUCAUGCCAAAAGCUCUCCCUGAGGUUCCAACUUCAAUAGCACAGGUUCGAAAUAGCAUGCAUCGGAGUUUUACACCAGGAAGACAUGGAGCUGCAGCGAUAGCAAUGGAAUUAGGUAGUGAAGCUGGAGAUUUGAUAGAAUAUGAUCCGAAUCUUCUUGAUGACCCCCAGUGGCCAUGUGGAAAACACAAACGGGUUCUAAUCUUUGCAUCAUAUAUGACCACAGUGAUUGAAUAUGUAAAACCAUCUGAUUUGAAAAAGGAUAUGAAUGAAACAUUCAAGGAGAAAUUUCCUCACAUUAAGCUGACGCUUAGUAAGAUAAGAAGUCUGAAACGUGAGAUGCGAAACCUGGCAGAAGAGUGCGCUCUGGAACCUUGUACUGUGGCUUUAUCAUUUGUUUACUUUGAGAAGCUUGUACUCCAAGGCAAAGUCAAUAAGCAAAACAGAAAGCUUUGCUCUGGUGCUUGCUUACUGCUAGCAGCCAAAAUCAGCAGUGACCUCAAGAAGCAUGAAGUGAGACAUCUGAUUGAUAAACUGGAAGAACGAUUAAGAUUGAACUCAAAAGAGCUGGUUUCGUUUGAGUUCACCACACUUGUGGCUUUGGAGUUUGGACUUUAUCUUCCUGAGAAAAAAGUGUUACCUCACUACAGGCGACUUGUUCAACAAUCCUAAAUGCAGUUACAUUCCUCCUGAAGAUGACAAGCACUUGGAAGAAGCAAGCAGUUCUUCCUAAAAUGCUGCAUUCUUGAAUUGUGAUUCUGUUAGCACAGGAAGUAUUGUACCAAAGUAACUUCUACAGUGCUAAUUAAUAAUAGUCACCGAUUUGUCCAAUUUGUUCAAAACUGAUUUUUUGAAAUUAAAGCACCUUUAUUCAAAAUUGGAUGAACCUUGUAAAGGAAUAUGUUUGGGUGAUGGCCUGUCAUAUGAACAAUGGCAAUUUAUAGUAAUAACUUAUUACCAAAAAUUCAUUAUGGGCAACAGCACUUUUGUACAUGUUGACUUGUCGUUGCUGUAAUAUUGUGUUCUAUGCUAUCUGUUCUUCCAAGAAUUGUCCUACUGUAAUUAUAAAACUGACUCUGCUGUUAGUUGCACAUAUGUCACCACUCUAUGUUAGAGAUUCAAAUGAAGCACGUUUAUAGUGCUAUGCAGUCAAUAUUUAAACUUUUUGAAUUUUCUGUUUUCACUGUGUAGUAUGUGAAAUGUAUGCAGACUUUGGUGAUAACAUGUUCCUUUCAGUCAUCACCUUUGUAGAAUGAAAAUGUCUCAAAAAAACUGUUUGGAUGUUCUAUUGUGAAAUUAUUAACCUUAUCAAUGAGGUGCUGGUUAGUAGAUGCACUUAAUGACUUUUAUUACAGCUUGUGUGUUGAAAAGUCCAUGUGCAAUUCAUCUUUUAGUUUCUUCUUUAAGCAGAGUAAUGCUAGCUUUGGCAAUUAUUUAAUAUUUAAAUAUCAAAUGUGUUGUCUUUUUUUUAAAGAGUUUAUGUUCCACUUUAAAAUGUUAUUUUCUAUCUGUUUCUUCCGAGAAACACUCUCUGGUCAAGCAGCAUGUGUCGAGUUAGGAACACUGUUUCAGAUUGGUGAUCUUUCAUGAAAGCUGUGGACUAGAAAUUUUAAAUGUGGCUUCCUACCUCUAUAGAUGCUGCCUGGCUUGCUGACUUAACGUUUUCUGCUUGUUUCAGUUAUCAGUAGUAUUGUUGCUUUUUUUCUUAAAAAAUAUACUUGCUUCACAGUGUGAAGCCACUUCAGGUAUUGAUAGUGGAACUAACAAUGAGCAAAUUGUGAUGCUCACAUAGAAUACCACUUUUUCAUGAAAUAUGGAUCAGUCAGCAAUUUCAAAAACUGUGAAAAGAGCACAAUACCAUAAGCUUCUGUUCUAUUUUCAUUGACUGUUUGUCUUUUAUAUAAAAAAAACUGUAAUAGUCCGUUCAACCAUUUAAGCCUCCUCAGCUAUUCAGUAACUUAUGGCUGAUCUGUACCUCAACUUCCUUUACCUGCCUUUACUUCAUAUCCAUAACCUUUACCUAACAAGUUCAUCCAUUUCAACUUUGAAAACAACUCAACAUCUAAUCUUUUGACAACUUCCAGCCAUCUUCCAGACUUCCACCACCUUUAUGAAUAGUUUCAUGCAAAUAGCUUGCUGUAAUUUUAAAAUGAUCCUUUGAUUUUCAAUUUAUUUUAUCAGUUAAAUGCCUUGAUUAGAUGACCGUUCAAGCUUAUAAUAAGAAACAAUUACAAAUCAAACAGUCUUGAUGGUUUAAAACCCUUUAAGUCCUAGUUCUACUCUAUUGAUAGUGUGCUGUACAUUCUCUGCAAUUCAGACAUCUUUCUUGAGAUGCAGUAUUGAAAGUCAGCACAGUAUUAGAGAUGGUAUCUAAAGAAAGGUUUGUACUAUUGAUUCAUUUUUUUAUUUCCAACUGCUUUGAGAUAAAGUCACCAUUCCAUUAAGUUUUUGAACACUUUCUGCACUAGCUUUUAGUGUACAUGAACACCCCAAUGCCUUUGCUCCUUCACAACUCUCAUAGCGCCCUCGACUGGGAGUAUUCCAUCUGCAGUAGUUUACUACUUUUGUUGAAUAUAGGCUUCCAUUUCUUCUCUUUCCCAUUUGGUCUAUUUUAAUUGUUAAUUGAAAAUGUGGAUUAUUUUGCUACAUGGGUGCUAUAAAGCAAAUGUGUUUAUAAAAUAAUAUGCUCAUUUAUUUAUUUAAAAUAUAUAAUAGAAAAAUGGAACUGGUUAUUCCUGUAAUGGUACUUGUCUUUGUUUUGUUUUAGGUAAAUGGGAAGUUUUCUGGGUAAUUCUAAAUAGUCUGUCUUUUUACUGUCUCAUUGCACAAGUGACUUUGUUUAGAAACUUAAAAGCUUCUGUAUUAUAAAGUUUAUGCAUAUUUUUAUUCAUUUUUGUAUUAGUAGAACUUAAACUUCAAGUAAAUUUUUUUGAUUUUAAUAUGAUCAGGUCUGUGGUCACUUUCUCAAUUCUAAAAGACAGGAUUUUCCGAGAGCAAAACUGAAAUAAAACCUGUCGUGGUAUUAAAUGUUAGAUUUAAUCAUCAAAGUAUUUUGUUGGUUUACAGCAACGUACCCUACCUUAUCAAUGUUUGCAGGUCUGUGCACUACUCUAUCAAAUUACUUUUUUACUUUCCCAGUCUACUGCACCAAUAUUGUCAUUAACUAACAGCCGAGUUAGCUAACUUACCAAAACAUGCUGUGCCUUCAAAAAUAAGCGCCAAUCCAUGAUAUCCUGAAGUCAUUAUUUCUAUAAUGGCUGCCAGAUUGUACUCAUUUCUGUAUUCUCAGUUCACCUGUUUACUUUUGAACGGUCUGUGCAUUCAAAAGCUAUUAGUUUUACCUUUUUAUGCUCUUUGUAAAUUCUAGUCUUGUCUGCUAAUUAACUCUUAAUUCAUACCCUCUAAUCUCGCUUGCCACAGUCUAUCGUUUCCCAUAUGAAUGGCUUUGUCCUUGAUUUUGACUCUGCAAUUUGAUUUACCACCACCUCCUGAAUUUGAUUCUCUUCUCCCCUAUUUAAUUUAAUAUCCUCUUACUUCCUUAGACAAGAGGUUGGCAAGCAUGCCAGCUCCAGCAUGGUUUUGAUA